UGCAACUGUGCAGGUGCCACCUCAGAAAAUUACUUCUCUUUAAAUUGGAUCAUGUAUAGUAGCAGAAAAUAUAAAGUCUUGCUUUACAAUCUUGCAUAGCAGAGAUCCUCCUCUCUUUCUCUUUGUAUGCGUCUGCGUUUCUGUGGAAGCUUUAAGAGGGAGAGCAGAGUGGAAAUAUGGGUUCAGGAACCAGCACCUUUGUGAUCAGAUGGAUCAACUUUCUCACCAUGCUACUGGCAAUAGCUGUUAUUUGUUUUGGGGUUUGGAUGAGUACUCACCACGAUGGCUGUCGAAAGUCGCUCACUCUCCCUGUUCUGGCCCUUGGUGGUUUCAUUCUUGUCAUAUCUUUGAUUGGGUUUAUGGGCGCAUUGAAGAACAUCUCCAUAUUGCUAUGGAUAUAUCUAGUGUUGUUGUGCUUGAUCUUGGUCGGGAUUCUGGUCUUCACAGUAUUAGCGUUCAUUAUAACAAAUAAUGGAUCUGGACAUUCUGUAGCUGGUCUGAGGUACAAGGAGUAUCAACUUCGGGAUUACAGUUCUUGGUUUCUAAAACAAUUGAAUAACACAAAGAACUGGGCACACUUGAAGAGCUGUCUUGUGAAAUCUGAAGACUGCAAUAACCUUCCCAAGAAAUAUAAGACACUUAAACAAUAUAAAAUGGCCAAGCUGACCCCAAUUGAGGCUGGUUGUUGUCGACCACCAUCUGAGUGCGGCUACCCUGCCAUAAAUGCUUCUUACUAUGACUUGAGCUUUCAUCCAAUCAGUUCUAACAAUGACUGUAGACUCUACAAAAAUUCCCGAACCAUUAAGUGCUACAGUUGUGAUUCUUGCAAGGCUGGAGUUGCACAAUACAUGAAAACUGAAUGGAGAGUGGUUGCAAUAUUUAAUGUGAUUCUGUUUGUUGUUUUGGUAAGGACUUCCUCUAGCAUGAAAAUCAAUAAAAACCUUUCUUUCUCCAUGGUACCAGUCAAUUAUCUACUUUGUUGGAUGCUGCGCAAGAAGAAAUGCUGCCAGGAGUCGUUCAUCCAAGGUUUGAAAAUGGACUGUGCUUCCGAUCUGUCUUAUCAUUGAAGGGGAUUGGCACUAAUUUGUAGACAUUCUGAGGGUAAAGGGCAAGUGAAAUGCAUUAUGGAAUGCCAAACGUGAAAGAAAUGGAGAGAGAAGAAGAAACAAGAUAUCUGGAAUAUUGGUGUUCCUUAUACGAUUACACAGUUGUAAACGGAAGCCUUGUGUGCACUCUGAACCAUCUGACUCUGAGUUUGGUUGUAGGGUGUAUCUAAAGAUAUUUCAUGGGAACACUGAUCCACCGGUGGAGCCUUUUUAUUUAUUUUUGAUGCAUCACCAUUCACCAGUGGA